AUGACCGUGACCUUGCCCCCCGCAGGCUGCCAGCGCCUGGCUGACUACCUGGAGAGCGUCCGCAAGGACUUCGUGGGCGCCGCCACGGUGCUGCGGGACAACUGCGAGCGGGGCCACGGCGACAGCUGCUACAAGCUGGGCGCCUACCACGUCACCGGCAAGGGUGGUCUCUCCAUAGAUUUGAAAGCUGCCUACAACUGUUUUUUGAAGUCUUGUGAGAAAGAUGGGAAGAAAUCCAUAAAUGCCUGUCACAAUGUUGGACUGCUGGCACAUGACGGACGAAUAAAUGACGAUAAACCUGACCUAGACGUUGCCAGAGACUACUAUGAUAAAGCCUGUAAUGGCAGCUUUGCCCCUAGCUGCUUCAACCUUAGUGCAAUUUACCUCCAAGGAGCCCCUGGGCUACCAAAGGAUAUGAACUUGGCUCUGAAAUACUCUCUGAAAGCAUGUGACUUGGGACAUGUGUGGGGAUGUGCCAAUGCCAGUCGGAUGUACAAACUGGGGGAUGGGGUUGAUAAAAAUGAUGACAAGGCAGAGGCUCUGAAAAAGAGGGCAAAAGACCUACAUAAAGAACAGAGUGAAGCUGCAACAUUAAUAUUUGGGGAGUAAAUCAAAUUAAACCACAUCUUUUAGGGCAGCAUUUCUAAAUGGAGCAUAAACUUUUAUCAGUGAAUAAUAUGUAAACAUAACUCAUUCCUUCACAAGAGACAAGUACCUGUUUGCAUUGGCAGACGCAUGUUCUAUGGCUUCAACAGAUACAUGCACAACUUGAGAGGACAAACAUUUAGGGCCAGGUUUUACACAAGAUCCAGCAAAUAUCAAAGGUGCACUUCUACCUGCUCAUUUCCAGCUGAAAUCUUCCACAUGUAGAGUUGUGCUAGACCAAAUUCGAUUUUGAAUGCACCACAUUUUGUUUGUGCAGAGUUACUUAAACAUGGGCAUGCAAAUGGCCUAAAAUAUCAGUCAUGCUUUCUGACUAAGGCUUCCUUUGAAAUGUAAGAUGUUUGCGCUCUUGAAUGUUCCUUUUGGCCAAAACUAGGCACUUGGGUUUUGGUUUCUUAUGCCAUGCUUCCCUCCACUGAUUUGGAAGAGUAUCUGCCUUUAACUGAAGGUAGCAUUUGCUGUCUUUUGAAUUUCAUUUCCAUAGCUGUAUUAAGACCUGAAUGACCCAAAUAGAUGAUUUAUUGCUGAAGUGAAUAAUACAAUAAGAAAAGAAAUGUUGCUGUUUGGAAUUGUAACAAAAGGGAUAAAAACUAGCUGGCAUGGUGAUGGGAUUUGAAACUUAAGAAGCCAUAUAUAGAACAGUCUUGGCUUCCUGAUUCAGCUAAAUCUCACGUUGGUCUGAAUGUCAUUAAAUGCCCUUUGUGUAAAUGGUUUCUAAUUGAUUACAACUGACAAAGUAUUGUGUUA